CACCUCUGAAGGGAAUGUAGUCAGCUACCUAAACAUCUCCAGUACUCAGGUCCGAGAUGGUGGAGUAUAUCGUUGUACUGCCAACAACUCAGCUGGAGUCGUCCUCUACCAGGCUCGAAUAAACGACCAGCCAGCAUUCGGCCAAUGAAAAACAUUACAGCAAUAGCAGGGCGGGAUACCUUCAUUCACUGUCGUGUCAUUGGUUACCCUUAUUACUCAAUCAAGUGGUAUAAGAAUUCUAAUCUGCUCCCUUUUAAUCAUCGUCAAGUAGCAUUUGAAAACAAUGGAACACUGAAGCUCUCAGAUGUGCAGAAGGAGGUAGAUGAGGGGGAAUACACAUGCAAUGUUCUGGUUCAGCCCCAACUGUCCACUAGCCAGAGUGUACACGUGACAGUAAAAGUGCCACCUUUUAUCCAGCCCUUUGAAUUUCCAAGGUUCUCUAUCGGCCAGCGAGUCUUCAUUCCAUGCGUUGUGGUCUCAGGGGACUUGCCUAUUACAAUCACCUGGCAGAAGGACGGUAGGCCAAUCCCAGCCAGUCUUGGGGUGACCAUUGACAACAUUGACUUCACCAGCUCCUUAAGGAUUUCUAAUCUUUCCCUUAUGCACAAUGGAAACUAUACCUGUAUAGCAAGAAAUGACGCAGCAGCUGUGGAGCACCAAAGCCAAUUAAUUGUUAGAGUUCCCCCCAGAUUUGUGGUUCAGCCAAUUGAUCAAGAUGGGAUAUAUGGAAAAGCUGUGAUCCUCAACUGCUCUGCAGAAGGCUAUCCUGUUCCUACCAUUGUCUGGAAGUACUCUAAAGGUGCUGGAGUUCCCCAGUUCCAACCAAUUGCCUUGAAUGGGCGUAUCCAGCUUCUGACAAAUGGCUCCUUGUUGAUCAAGCAUGUUCUGGAAGAAGAUAGUGGAUACUACCUCUGCAAGGUCAGCAAUGAUGUGGGGGCUGACGUCAGCAAGUCCAUGUACCUCACUGUUAAAAUUCCUGCUAUGAUAACCUCCUAUCCAAAUACCACCUUGGCAACACAGGGUCAAAAGAAAGAGAUGAGUUGCACAGCUCAUGGGGAAAAACCCAUCAUAGUCCGCUGGGAGAAAGAAGAUAGGAUAAUUAAUCCCGAAAUGUCCCGCUAUUUUGUUUCUACAAAAGAAGUGGGUGAUGAAGUCAUCUCUACUUUACAGAUUUUGCCAACAGUGCGAGAAGAUUCUGGUUUCUUCUCCUGCCAUGCCAUCAAUUCAUAUGGAGAGGAUCGUGGAAUAAUUCAGCUCACUGUGCAAGAACCUCCAGAUCCUCCAGAAAUAGAAAUUCGAGAAGUGAGAGCACGUAGCAUUGCCCUAAGAUGGACCAUGGGAUUUGAUGGAAAUAGUCCAAUCACAGGCUAUGAUAUAGAAUGCAAAAACAAGUCUGACUCCUGGGAUUCUGUCCAAAGAACCAAAGAUGUUUCCCCACAGCUGAAUCAAGCCACAAUCAUUGACCUACAUGCUUCUUCCACCUACAACAUCCGCAUGUAUGCAAAAAAUCGGAUUGGCAAAAGUGAAGCCAGCAAUGAACUCACUAUCACCACCGAUGAAGCAGCUCCUGAUGGACCACCUCAAGAUGUUCAUCUUGAGCCCAUAUCUUCACAAAGCAUUAGGGUAACCUGGAAGGCGCCAAAGAAGCAUUUGCAAAAUGGAGUUAUUCGUGGUUAUCAGAUUGGUUACCGGGAAUACAGCGCAGGAGGCAAUUUCCAGUUCAACAUCAUCAGUAUUGAUACUACUGGAGACAGUGAAAUUUAUACCUUAGAUAACCUUAAAAAAUUCACACAAUAUGGCAUGGUUGUGCAAGCAUGUAAUCGAGCUGGAAUAGGACCAUCUUCUCAAGAAAUUAUCACUACUACUCUUGAGGAUGUUCCUAGUUCCCCUCCGGAGAAUGUCCAAGCCAUUGCUACAUCACCAGAAACCAUCUCUAUCACCUGGUCCACUCUGGCCAAAGAUGCCCUCAAUGGAAUUCUACAGGGAUUUAGGGUCAUAUACUGGGCUAAUCUUCUGGAUGGAGAGCUGGGAGAAAUUAAAAAUGUCACUACGGUACAACCAUCAUUAGAGCUUGAUGGUUUGGAAAAAUAUACCAACUAUAGCAUCCAGGUAUUGGCAUUCACACGAGCUGGAGAUGGGGUCAGGAGCGAACAGAUUUUCACAAGGACAAAGGAAGAUGUUCCAGGUCCUCCUGCUGGAGUUAAAGCAGCUGCAGCAUCAGCUUCUACUGUGUUUGUAUCUUGGCUGCCUCCCAACAAAUUAAAUGGUGUCAUCCGAAAAUAUACUGUAUUCUGCUCUCAUCCAUAUCCCACAGUAAUCAGCGAAUUUGAAGCUUCUCCUGACUCAUUUUCCUACAGAAUCCCUAAUUUGAGCCGGAAUCGACAAUACAGCGUCUGGGUUGUGGCUGUAACAGCUGCAGGAAGGGGCAACAGCAGCGAAAUCAUCACUGUGGAACCAUUAGCUAAAGCUCCAGCCAGAAUUUUGACAUUCAGUGGCACAGUAACGACCCCAUGGAUGAAGGAUAUUAUUCUCCCUUGUAAAGCUGUUGGAGAUCCUGUACCUACUGUUAAAUGGAUGAAAGAAAGUAACGGGACACCCAGUCUAGUGAUGAUUGAUGGGCGAAGAAGCAUCUUUAGCAAUGGCAGUUUUGUUAUCCAUACUGUGAAAGCAGAAGAUUCAGGAUAUUACAGUUGUGUGGCUACUAAUAACUGGGGAUCAGAUGAAAUUAUUUUGAAUUUGCAAGUUCAAGUUCCACCUGACCAGCCUAGACUUACUGUAUCCAAAACCACCUCUUCCUCCAUCACUCUUUCUUGGAUACCUGGAGACAAUGGAGGCAGCUCUAUUCGAGGCUAUAUACUGCAGUACUCUGAAGACAACAGUGAACAAUGGGGUAGUUUUCCUAUUAGCCCUAGUGAACGUUCCUAUCGAUUGGAAACAUUGAAGUGUGGCACGUGGUACAAGUUUACUCUGACAGCUCAGAAUGGAGUGGGACCAGGCCGUAUCAGUGAGAUCAUAGAGGCCAAAACACUUGGGAAAGAACCACAGUUUUCAAAAGAACAAGAACUCUUUGCCAGUAUUAACACCACUCGAGUAAGAUUGAAUCUUAUUGGCUGGAAUGAUGGUGGUUGUCCAAUCACCUCCUUUAUUCUGGAAUAUAGGCCAUUUGGGACAACAGUAUGGACUACUGCACAACGAACGUCACUUACCAAAUCAUAUAUAGUAUAUGAUCUUCAGGAGGCAACUUGGUAUGAGCUGCAGAUGAGAGUCUGUAACAGUGCUGGCUGUGCUGAAAAACAGGCCAAAUUUGCAACACUCAACUAUGAUGGGAGUACAAUCCCUCCACUCAUUAAAUCAGUUGUCCAAAGUGAGGAAGGUCUGGCAACCAAUGAAGGGCUAAAGAUGCUGGUGACAAUUUCCUGUAUCUUGGUUGGGGUCUUGCUGCUUUUUGUGCUUCUGCUGGUUGUAAGAAGGAGACGGAGGGAACAGAGACUGAAAAGACUCAGAGAUGCAAAAAGUUUGGCUGAAAUGCUUAUGAGCAAGAACACAAGGACAUCGGAUACACUUAACAAGCAACAACAGACACUCAGGAUGCAUAUAGAUAUUCCCAGAGCUCAGCUUCUCAUUGAAGAAAGAGAUACAAUGGAAACCAUUGAUGACAGAUCUACAGUCUUGCUAACUGAUGCUGAUUUUGGAGAGACAUCAAAACAGAAAUCAUUGACAGUUACUCAUACAGUACAUUAUCAGUCAGUCUCACAAGCCACUGGGCCACUGGUGGAUGUUUCUGAUGCCAGACCAGGAACAAAUCCUACAACAAGAAGGAAUGCAAAAGCUGGGCCUACAGCCCGGAACAGAUAUGCUAGCCAAUGGACUCUCAAUAGACCCCAUCCUACAAUAUCAGCCCACACUUUAACAACAGACUGGAGGCUGCCAACUCCCAGGGCCACAGGGUCUGUUGAUAAAGAAAGCGACAGCUACAGUGUUAGUCCAUCGCAAGAUACAGAUCGAGCAAGAAGCAGCAUGGUCUCCACAGAAAGUGCCUCCUCCACAUAUGAAGAGCUAGCCAGAGCAUAUGAACAUGCCAAGAUGGAAGAGCAGCUGCGGCAUGCAAAGUUUACCAUCACAGAAUGCUUCAUAUCAGACACCUCAUCAGAGCAGCUUACGGCAGGGACUAAUGAAUAUACAGACAGCCUGACCUCAAGCACCCCAUCCGAAUCAGGGAUUUGCAGAUUCACUGCAUCUCCUCCCAAACCUCAGGACGGAGGACGCGUGACAAACAUGGCUGUUCCAAAGGCACAUCGGCCAGGUGACCUCAUGCAUUUGCCACCGUAUCUUCGGAUGGACUUUUUGUUAAACCGAGGCGUUCCAGGCACUAGCAGAGACUUGGGACAGACCUGCCUGGAACCCCAAAAAAGCCGAACCUUGAAGCGCCCAGCCGUUUUGGAGCCAGUCCCUGUGGAGGCUUCCUCCACGAGAGAAGCACAGUCAUGGCAAUCUGGUGGCGUAGCAACAUUACCUCAGCGAGAAGGAGCUGAGCUAGGACAGGCAGCGAAAAUGAGCAGUUCCCAAGAAUCCCUCCUGGACUCUCGGAGCCACUUAAAAGGAAACAAUCCCUACGCAAAAUCUUAUACCCUUGUAUAACGAAAAGAGAGCAUGGCUGGACAGUGGCUGUACAUACUUAAUAAUUAUUUAAAAAUCCAAUCAAAGCUACCUUUUUUAUUGAAUACCAAUAUUUAUAAUUAAAGAAGAAGAUUGCCAAAAUAUUUGGGACAAAAAUGCAACUGACAGACAGUGCAAAGACUCUCCUGCUUUUUUUCUGUCUGAGUGUGAGCUUCAUCUGAAUGAACCUCCUCAAUUUUUUAAGAAAAGGGAGUCCACUUUUUUCUGAUAUUCACAAGCUUUUGUGUUUUUACUGAUUUUCUACAAAGUGCAUGGGGACUAAAUAAAAUAUUUUAAACUGGGAGUUCCAUCACACACAAUUAAGAAAGAAAACAAUUUUAAAAAAGGAAAGCACUCUAUUUGUGAAUUUAACAGGGAUAUUUAUUUUUAAAAAGGCAAAAAAAGUCUUUUGUCAUGUUUUGCACAUUUUUUUUAAACUAGCAAAUGGGUCGUUGAUCAAUUCUUUUUUCUCUGUUAAUUAGAAUGAGUGCUGUGUGUCAGUGAAGUGGGGAAGGGAAGGGGCAUCGAUUUGAUUUGGCAUCGCU